CCUUCACAUUAAUACCAUGCAAUAUAUGAAACCAGCGUUUCGAAAUGUGGCACCCCACUGCCACGUUUUCUCUCGAUCCUUAAACCCUAACCCUCUCCUUCUCGUAUCCCCGUUUCGGAGACCCGAAACGUUUCACCUUUCAGCCCCCGUUUCGUGCUUCUCCUCCUCAAUGGCGGAGCCUCAGUCGUCGCUAGAGAAGCAGUUCGACUCGUUUAGGGUUCAGUUGGAACAAUCUGGAACGCUCCGCGACCGAAUUCGAAGCGUCGUUUCGGAGAUUGAGUCCUCCACUAGGCUCAUCUAUGCCACUCUUCUUCUCGUUCAUCAGUCUCGCCCCACUCCCGGGCUUUUAGAGAAGGCCAAGUCUCAGGUCAGUGUGUUAAAGGAGCAGUAUAAGGAACUCGCUGAAGUUCUUGGAGGAAGCUCUGGGCAAUACUAUCGGUAUCAUGGUGAUUGGAAGAGUGAAACACAGACUGUAGUUUCGAUGCUUACGUUCAUGCACUGGCUAGAAACAGGAAGCCUUCUCGAGCACAAAGAGGCUGAGGAAAAACUUGGGUUGGGUUCAGACUUUGGUCUAGACGUUGAAGACUACUUAAUAGGUGUCUGUUUUAUGUCUAAUGAAUUGCCAAGGUAUGUGGUGAAUCAAGUGACAGCUGGGAACUACGAUUGUCCAAAGAAGGUCGUAAAGUUCUUGACAGACCUCCAUGCUGCAUUUCGUAUGCUUAAUCUUCGCAAUGAUUUUUUGCGAAAGAAGUUUGAUGGCAUGAAGUAUGACCUAAGAAAAGUAGAAGAAGUUUAUUAUGAUGUUAAAAUUCGGGGUUUGACACCGAAUGGUGAGACAAUUGGAGACCUGGAGAUCAAGGAACCAAAGGACAAUCUUUAGUUGUGAUAGCUGUUAAGCCAAAGCGAGAGAACUUACUACAUAGAGCUUUACUGACUGCUCAACAAUUAUGCACCUUAAAUACUUUAAUAUGCUGCUGGACUUUCUGUUAGCUGUAACUGGAAUUCUAUUUGUAAUGUUCGAUGAAGGCAAGUAAAAAUUCAGUAGCAAGAAUACAAUUGUCUAUAUUUGGUGCUGACUCUCAAAACCAUUGCGAGAACUGGGAACUCUGUUUUCACAAUGUUCUAAAUGGAAAAUAUGGUACGUUCAAUUCA